AUGGCAAAAGCACUGCCUACAUUGCACAAAACAGAUACUGGAGAAUUAAUAGCUAUUCCUCCUAGAAAACGUGCUAUUGGGUCUCGGAUUGAAGUUGCCUACUCUCCUAAAGGCUACCUUAUUUCUCAAUCCAAGUACAUUGUCAACAUUCUUGAACAUACUCAUCCUACUUUGUACGGUAUUUUGGUUGACAGCUUGGUGUAUCUUACGAUUACUAGACAUGAUAUUGCUUAUGUUGUUCAUAUUGUCAUUCAGUUUGUUGUCUCUCCGACUAUAGUACAUUGGGCAUUUGUUCUUCGUAUUCUUCGUUAUCUACGAGGAACUCAAUUUCAGGGCAUUCUCUUUUUGUCGUCAACUUCAUUGGAGUUACGUGCUUAUUCUGAUGUUGAUUGGUCUGGUGACACCACAAAUCGUAAGUCCACCACAUGA